GGGCUUUGUACCUAAACAGAUGGGAUGAGAGCAUUGUCUUCAAUCUGUCAAUGUUACCUCUGCUGAGAGACAUAUGCCGAAGAUUUUCCUGCAUUUCUAGACGCAGAGGAAGAUUGUCAGAGGAAGACAUCGUCAGGUUUUUAUGCAAAAACGUUUGUACUGUCGAGGAUUCCCUUUGUUUCCAUGCACUCGGUCACCCUGUUGCUGGAGAGACGGCGGAACUGAAUCGGUCUAUACUCGUCUCGUAAACCGAUUUGUCACUGGCUGGCGAAGGGGACAUGAAUAUCGGUGAAUUUCUCUGUUGACGGCCAUCAAAAGAGAGACACUGGUGACAUCAUACCCCAAAUUACGCAGGAGGACCGGACACAGAGGCGAAGGGAGAGACAUUAUUUUGUAGUGUAUUUCUACUAAUCCUGCAGCAAUGCCGGGGUUUGAUUACAAGUUUCUGGAGAAACCGAAGAGACGUUUUCAAUGUCCAUUAUGCAGUAAAGCCAUGCGCGAGCCUGUUCAAGUUUCUACGUGUGGCCACCGAUUUUGUGACACCUGUCUACAAGAAUUCUUAAGUGAGGGGGUCUUCAAGUGCCCAGAGGACCAGCUGCCCCUGGACUAUGCCAAGAUCUACCCUGACCCAGAGCUAGAGCAGCAGAUCCUGGCUCUGCCCAUCCGCUGCAUCCACAGUGAGGAGGGCUGUCGCUGGACCGGACAGAUGAUGCAGCUCCAGGGCCACUUCUCCACCUGCGCCUUCAAUGUGAUCCCCUGCCCGAACCGCUGCUCCAUCAAGCUGACGCGCCGUGACCUGCCCGACCACCUGCAGCACGACUGCCCCAAGCGCAAGGUCAAGUGCGAGUUCUGCGGCAGCGAGUUCACCGGGGAGGCCUAUGAGAACCACCAGGGUAUUUGUCCCCAGGAGAGUGUGUACUGUGAGAAUAAGUGUGGUGCGCGGAUGAUGCGUCGGCUCCUGUCCCAGCACAGUCUGGCUGAGUGUCCCAAACGCACGCAGCCCUGCAAGUACUGUGGCAAGGAGUUUGUCUUCGACACCAUCCAGAACCAUCAGUACCACUGCCCUCGGUUUCCAGUUGCGUGCCCAAACCAGUGUGGGACCCCUAACAUUGCCCGGGAGGACUUGGCCAAUCAUGUGAAGGAGAACUGUGGCAGUGCCCUCAUCCUCUGCCCCUUCAAAGAUGCUGGCUGCAAACACAGGUGCCCAAAACUAGCGAUCGGUCGUCACCUGGAGGACACGACCAAGUCCCACCUGACCAUGAUGUGCAGCCUGGUGGGGCGCCAGCGGCAGGAGAUCCUGGAGCUGCGGAGGGAGAUGGAGGAGCUGUCAGUCAGCAACGAUGGAGUGCUCAUCUGGAAGCUCAGCGACUACUCCCGGAAACUCCAGGAGGCCAAGCUCCGGAACAACCAUGAGUUCUUCAGCCCGCCCUUCUAUACCCAUCGCUAUGGCUACAAGUUGCAGGUUUCUGCGUUUCUCAAUGGUAAUGGCAGUGGGGAGGGCUCGCACCUGUCCAUCUACAUCCGGGUACUGCCAGGGGAGUACGACAACCUGCUUGAGUGGCCCUUCUCCUACAAGGUGACCUUCUCCAUCAUGGACCAGAGCGACCCGUCGCUGUCCAAGUCCCAACACAUUACAGAGACCUUCAACCCUGACCCCAACUGGAAGAACUUCCAGAAACCAUGCAGCACCCGCAACUCGCUGGACGAGAGCACCCUGGGCUUUGGCUACCCCAAGUUCAUCUCCCACGAAGAGAUCAAGAAGAGGAACUAUGUCAGAGACAACUCCAUUUUCCUCAAGGCUUCCAUAGAGAUCCCCCAGAAAAUUAUGGCCUGAGGGAGAGCUGGUUUUGGUUUAUUGGAAGGGAAGGCAGGGUGAAAGGCAGGCUUGAGACUGAUAUGACACUUACCUUGAGAACUUCACCACACUUAUCCUUUAGACACUGACUAACUGUCCAAAUCCAUACAGCCGCUCCACUGCAGGACUUAGAGCUGCUAAUCUGCUGGGUUGUGUUGGAGGACUGGACUGGAGGACCCCGCUAUGUUUAAAUGGAGGAGAAUUCUAAGUGUUUGGUCUGCAGAAACCAUCACUCUCUGAUUCUUAUUUUGAAGUGUUUGUUUUCUAACAUUUUUCCUCUCUAUCUGCAACAAAAAGCCUUGGAAAUCAACAGUGCCUAGAGUUUAUUUUAAGUUGUAUUUUGUUGUUUUUCUGUAGCACAGGUAAAUAUUAAGGAUGGAUAGAGCGACGUUCUGGAGGUGGAAAGCGUCCUUAAGCCUUGUGUGUUCGGCUCUGGUUUGAACCAUCGUAUCUGAUCACGAGCGGUCUAAAGAAUAGAGCAAACCUCAGGCUAUUGGAAGGAGCUCAUCACACUCUCAAACCCAACUGCCUUCUGUUUACAUGCUCUAACAAUAUCUCCCACUGAUACCUUAACAAAUGCAAAGCUCUUGGUUAGCGAAUUUGAGAUUGCUGUUAAGCUUAUAGUCAGCAAACAAUAUUACAGCUGUGAAUUAAGUUUGUUUCUUCUUGUCAUUGUUCCAUCACUCACUGUCUAGAGUUCGUCAUUUGGACAUUCUAUAAUGCUUAGAAUGAGAGGAUCAUGAUCUUUAGACAAAAAACAACAAUCAUUUGUAACAGGCAGAUUUAUAGGCCUCUGAAAGACAUCUCCUGUGGGGUCCUGAGAAGAUAGAUACAGUAGAUGGGUUCCUGUGCGUUGUUGGUCAAAGGUGCUAAUGUAUGACGGUCUUUGAAUGUGUAGAACUGAAUCGAAUCCACUCAGUCUUUUCAAGAGGUGAAAUGGUACAUUUGUACUUAAGUGUGAAGGGAAAGCCAUGAGGGCUGGGUCUUAGUUGGUAGGUAGGCAGGUAGGUAGGCAGGUAGGCAGGUAGGUAGGCAGGUAGGUAGGCAGGUAGGCAGGCAGGUAGGCAGGUAGGUAGGCAGGUAGGCAGGCAGGUAGGCAGGUAGGCAGGUAGGUAGGGGAGAGAUGAGCUCGAAGACAUCAACAGAAGAACAUGCAUGUUUCAAUGCGAGUCAACGUGGAUCACAUUUUUGUACUGUAACCUGUAUUCUUGAAAUCUUCUCCCCCGAUACUGGGGGCUUUUUUGCAGUGGAGGACCUGUUAAAUGGAACCAAAUUCUUUUUAUAUUUGCAAAAUGUGAGCAACAUUUGUUGAUAUUAUGUCAUAGACAGAAAGACAUUGGAGUGAAUUAGCUUAGCGGAGGUCUGUGAACUGAAGUGCAUUGUUUUUAAGUCGGCCCAGGUGGAAAUGGGGGCUGUUUAAAAUAUGGUUUAUGCCUUGGUUUCCACCUGAGAAUGACGUGUGGGUGCCUCAGGACAGACUGCAUCUCAAUGGUGUGGCGCUGCUGGUUACCAUGGCCACCAGUGUGCAUCUUCACCUCAGCACAUAAGCUGGUCACGAAGAGAGGUUGAAGAGGAGCAGCCAUGUGCAAUACACCAGUCAGAGGCUCCAUCAAGCCAGUAACACCUGCAGUAGAGGACUUGAUCAAACAUUCAUGACAUAUGUGAAUAAUACUGAUGUAAAAAAUGCAGAAGCCCAUUCUGUCGUUUUUAUUCUACAUUAAUAUUCCUGGUUUCUUGCUAUAAUACCAGCCAAUAUUUUACAGUGAUUUUAAAGAAGUUAAAAAAAAAAAAACAUUUUGUAAGGUUAUGUAUUUUGCAAAGUACUUAAAUGUUUUAUACAACUUUUUGUUGGCGAGUCGGGGUUGAGCUUAGGAAUUUUAUGGACACUUUUUUAAAGUUAAGUAUCUUCUGAAUCUGAAUAAUUGUUUUGUUUGGUUUGGAUCUCAUAUUCUGUCUGUAUUACUUUGUCUUUAAAAUGUAUUAUUUUAAGGAGCAUCACGUAAGCUUGAUUGACUAGAUGGCAAAAAUGUUUUAAUAUGUUGAGUGCUUCUCAAUUUCUCUUUUAAAAUAAAAUACUAUCUAUUACA